CGGUUCCCCGGCGGAGGCUCCGGUAGCGGCGGAGUCCGCGCCUCCACCAUGCGCCUCUUCGCCGGCCUCCUCCUGCUGCUCUCCGCCGGGUCCCCCGCGAUGCAGACCCUCUUCCAGAGCCCCGACGAGGGCUGGCAGGUCUACACCUCAGCGCAAGCCCCCGACGGCAAAUGCCUCUGCACCGCCGUCAUCCCCGUGCAGGGCUCCUGCUCCCGGGACCUGCGCAGCCACCAGCUCCGCCAGCUGACCGAGAAGGUGCAGAACAUCUCCCAGUCCAUGGAGGUGCUGGACCUGCGGACCUACCGGGACCUGCAGUACGUGCGCAACACCGAGGCGCUGAUGAAGGGCUUGGACUCGAGGCUGCGCGUGGCCGCUGAGAGCCAGAAGAGCCUCAACGCCAAGAGCUUCCAGCAGGAGCUCAAGGACAAGAUGACGGAGCUGCUGCCGCUGCUGCCCGUGCUGGACCAGUACAAGGCGGACACGCGGCUGAUCGUGCACCUGAAGGAGGAGGUGAGGAACCUCUCCGGGAGCCUGCUGGCCAUCCAGGAGGAGAUGGGCGCCUACGACUACGAGGAGCUGCAGCAGCGGGUGCUGAUGCUGGAGGCGCGGCUGCACGCCUGCAUGCAGAAACUGGGCUGCGGGAAGCUGACGGGCGUCAGCAACCCCAUCACCAUCCGCGCGUCAGGCUCCCGCUUCGGGUCGUGGAUGACCGACACGAUGACGCCCAGCGCCGACAGCCGGGUCUGGUACAUGGACGGCUACUACAAGGGCCGGCGCGUGCUGGAGUUUCGGACGCUGAACGACUUCGUCACGGGGCAGAACUUCGUGCAGCACCUCCUGCCGCACCCCUGGGCCGGCACGGGCCACGUGGUCUUCAACGGGUCCCUCUACUACAACAAGUAUCAGAGCAACGUGGCCGUCAAGUACCAUUUCCGCUCGCGCAGCGUGCUGGUGCAGCGCAGCCUGGCCGGCGCCGGCUACAACAACACCUUCCCCUACUCCUGGGGGGGCUUCUCCGACAUCGACUUCAUGGUGGACGAGAGCGGGCUCUGGGCCGUCUACACCACCAACCAGAACGCCGGCAACAUCGUGGUGAGCCGCGUGGACCCGCAGACGCUGGAGGUGCUGCGCAGCUGGGACACGGGGUACCCCAAGCGCAGCGCCGGCGAGUCCUUCAUCAUCUGCGGCACGCUCUACGUCACCAACUCCCACCUGGCCGGCGCCAAGAUUUACUUUGCCUACUACACAAACACUUCCAGCUACGAGUACACGGAUAUUCCCUUCCACAACCAGUACUCCCACAUAUCCAUGCUGGACUACAACCCGCGGGAGAGGGUGCUCUACACCUGGAACAACGGCCACCAGGUCAUCUACAACGUCACGCUCUUCCACGUCAUAAAGACGUCGGGCGAGCUGUGACCCCGCGCCGGACUCCUCCGCUCGCCCCAUUCCUGCUCUUUAUUUUUCUACGCCUCUCUCGGGGACGGAGCCUUCCUCCUCCUCCUCUUCUUCGAUGAUUUUUUCUUUUUUUUUUUUUUUUA